GCCUGUUUCCGGCCGGAGGUGUGAGUGUCGUACCCCACAAGCAGCGAGGACCGACACUCGCCAUUGUAUGAAUUUGUUGCUUUCGAGUCUUUUUCCGUUUAUUUUUAUUCAGUUUUUAUAUGCAGUUAGAUUUAACAGUUCGUUGUUAAAUCAUCGACUCCCGUUUUUAAGGACAAAGAUUGUAUUUACAAUUAAGGACAUGGCAACAGAUUCGUGGGCCCAGGCUGUCGAUGAACAAGAAGCCGCGGCGGAGUCGAUAGGCAACUUGCAAAUAAAUGAAAAAGAUGACAAGCUGAAAGCUGCAGCAAAUGGUGCAAAGACAGAAGGCGAUGGAGUGAAGACGGAGGACGAGGAUAAAGAUGACAAGGCAGCACAGUCACUGUUGAAUAAACUGAUCCGCAGUAAUCUAGUGAACACGACCAAUCAAGUUGAAGUCCUUCAGAGGGAUCCGAGUUCUCCGCUAUACUCUGUCAAGUCGUUUGAAGAGCUGCGAUUAAAACCUCAGCUACUGCAGGGAGUGUAUGCCUUGGGUUUCAACAGACCCUCCAAAAUCCAGGAGACCGCAUUACCCAUGAUGCUCGCAGAACCUCCACAGAAUCUGAUCGCUCAGUCUCAGUCAGGCACGGGUAAAACGGCUGCCUUUGUGCUGGCCAUGUUAAGUCACGUGGACCCUGAAAACAAAUGGCCUCAGUGUCUGUGUGUGUCCCCCACAUACGAGCUCGCCCUACAGACAGGCAAAGUCAUCGAGCAGAUGGGCAAAUUUUACCCUGAAGUCCAACUGGUGUAUGCCAUCAGAGGAAACAAAUUGGAGCGGGGAACAAAAUUACAGGAACAGAUCGUGAUUGGCACUCCCGGUACUGUUUUGGAUUGGUGCCAAAAGCUUAAAUUCAUCGACCCCAGGAAGAUCAAGGUGUUCGUCCUGGAUGAAGCUGAUGUCAUGAUCGCCACACAGGGCCAUCAAGACCAGAGCAUUCGUAUCCCGAGGAUGCUUCCUAAAACUUGCCAGAUGCUGCUGUUCUCUGCCACAUUUGAAGACACUGUGUGGAACUUUGCAAAGAGGAUCGUUCCCGACCCCAACAUCAUUAAACUUAAGCGUGAGGAGGAAACUCUGGACACCAUCAAGCAGUACUACGUCAUCUGCAACAGCAAGGAGGAGAAAUUCCAGGCUUUGUGCAACAUCUAUGGAGCCAUUACUAUCGCACAGGCCAUGAUCUUCUGCCACACCAGGAAAACCGCCGGGUGGCUGGCAGGAGAGGUGUCCAGAGAAGGCCACCAGGUGGCGCUCCUCAGUGGAGAGAUGCAGGUGGAACAGCGGGCAGCGGUCAUCGAACGUUUCCGUGACGGCAAGGAGAAAGUUCUCGUUACCACUAAUGUCUGUGCUAGAGGUAUUGAUGUGGAGCAAGUUUCAGUCGUUAUCAACUUUGAUCUGCCAGUGGACAGGGAUGGAAACCCUGACAACGAGACGUAUUUGCACAGAAUCGGGCGUACUGGGCGAUUCGGCAAGAGGGGGUUGGCGAUCAACAUGGUGGACAGCAGAUUUAGCAUGAACAUCCUCAACCGCAUCCAGGAGCACUUCAACAAGAAAAUCGAGAAGCUGGACACAGAUGAUUUGGAUGAAAUCGAGAAAAUCGCCAACUGAGCGGCCAUCUUUGUUCUUUUAAUAGGACUGUGCUCGUGCUAUGUUUUAAAUCAGAGGCUGGAGGCAGAGCUGUGCCAGAGAGGAUGUUUACAUCUGGAGCAGUUUUAUCUCCGAUGGAGUUUUUAUAGGUUUUGUUUAAACACAUUUCACUCUUUGUACUUAAUAAAUUUCGAAUGUCUAGUCUUAACAUCACGUGUGCGAGAAUGCUACAGGAGCGGUCCGGGAUAGUGGCACGAGGAAUAUGCCUUUCGAUAUAUCAACAAUUUCAUCAUGAACCUUUUCAAUUGACACUUAACAGCCUGCCUUCACAUGAAGUGUGGGAAAAAAUUACAUUGACUGUUAUAUUGAUUUCUAACAUCCUCAUAUUGUCGUAAUUGUUGAUGAGAUUUUUGUGAAAUGAGCUGAAUUUUCGAUCACGAGUGUGCAGAGUGCUACGUUUCAUGAAAAAUGAGCAUUUUCAGUCAAGUUUAUUUGUGUUUAUGAAAUCUGGGUGCAGCUACAUUUGAUGUGUCACUCCUAACUAGGAGUCAAAAUGCAGGGUUUAUUUCAUAUUAUGAGAGAUUGCUGUUAUACAUUAAUACGCAAUAACUCAUUACAUUGCUACAGAAGGAUGCUAGCAGUUAUUGGCUUUGAAUUAAACUCAAACAGUUGCCAAAGUCCUUUUACUGGUAUAAAAUUAUGCAAAAGCCAAAGAUUUGUGCCUCCAUUGGAUUCGCCAGUAUUUAACAUGGAAUAACACAAAUGUAUCUAUUCAUCAUGUCCAAAUAUUGUCAUACGUAUUCAAUAAGUACAAAGAGUGAAACUGUUAUAUUUAACAGAUGCGUCACGGCAUUCGUUGUAAGAGUGCUCUGGAGUGGAAGCGUUAUUUGUGUUCCCCGUAACAGACUGCAUUGAAUUGGAAAUGAUCAGGUUCAAGUACUGGAAUGCAACUGAAUUUGUAACAGCAGAAGGCUGUGCCACAUUCCCGUUUGCAGCUGCCUUAAAAAUGUAAAAGACAGAUGCGAAAGCAUUCUCUACAAUCUCAGUGUAUUCUUCAGGGUAGCCGUAGCAAAUGAUUAUUUUAUAUUAUGGAAUGUUUUAAUUUAACCACUGUAAACUCAAACGACACUGCACUCGACUCCAUUACAUAUGCAUUAGAGUAGACGUAUAUUUUAUUCAUUGGUAUGAGAGUAGUGAGGUUGGGGUAAAGUGUGUCGGUCGCUUCUUUGAAGGGAAGACUUUUCUUGAUAAAGAAUUACUAGAUUGCUUGAAUAUAUCUCCUGUUGCCUUGUUCAUUUUCUCAGUUUGGUUCAAGCUGUCGAGUUGCAAUGAUAUUAAAUAGAGGGUUUGCAAAAAAAUGUAUGAUUAAACUAAAGGUCUGUCUAGAAACCAUCACUUGAUCUGGUGUCGCAUCAGAGAAUAAAUGGACUUGUCUAUUAUCAAAAACACAUUCCUGCAUAAUCAUUGCAUUUCUACAUUUUUUUUAUUUUUAGUAUGUAACUGAAAUACCCAUAAUGCUUGAGGACAAUUCAAUGAUGACGUUUCUACAUCACCACAAGGCUGCUCGUAGUCGUUCAAGUCAUAUUCACCUCAAUGAAGAUGUAUUUAUAACAUUCAUUUACUCUCAUUCAUUUAUGUGAAAAAUGUUUUUUUUUUUU